AGCCUACUACCGCCCCUAGGUAUGAAAAACAAAUAUGAACAUAGACAUAUACAAAAGUAUAGCCUACAUCUUGUCUUAAGUCACGGAUAGACUAUGUUAUGAGCAUAGCCUUAAAUCGCAUAAAAUGAACUUAUCAUCAGCGACAGCCUACUACAACACCUUAGGCUAUUUGUAAAGAAUGCCUAGCCUAAGAACGUCCUGCCACAAUAAUAAUAAUAAUUAAAAAAUCAACGUAGAUAUGCCCAGACAAUACGAAUGAAGAAUAAUUCACCUUUAUCAUUUCGAUAUAAAACCUCAUCUGGCUUUCAAUUAAACGAUGUUCUUAAGCUAUAGGCCUAGUUUCAUUUAUUUCCCCCCAUCAGGAUGUGUUCGGUUUGCCAGAACUAAGCUAUAAAUCCUGCUUUACCAUGUUAUCCUCCCCUGUUCUCGGAAUGGGUCGAGCCACAAGCAAGGAGCAUCAACAGGACAGAGUGGGCUACAUGUCCCUGCUGUCUUUUUUUUUAACCGCCCGCUCGCCUUGAAGACCUGCGCAGCUCCAAUGAGCGUCACGCACAACGCGCAGUUCAUAGGAAAGCUUUCUGUAUAUUAGGGUUAUAUACAUGAUGUGAAUUUCCGUGGAUGUUACCCACAUGUUCGGAAGUAGUGAUUUUUCCAUUCUACUGUGCUGGCAGCGGAGGACCAAGGUUUACUGAGCCUACGGUGCUUGAGGAGGUAGGCGCAUGGCAUCUUCACCAUUGUUCAGCCUAGCUGUCAUCUGUACGCAAACCUGUCAAGAUGCUACAAGUGAUAUUGGGUGUCAUCAACAAGGUGAAUGAUUUCAAGCUGUUUUUCCGUCAUGCAAAAGACGGCAACUGCCCCAUGCAGUGUGUCCUCUUCGCGAGGUCCUAGUGCCCCUGGAUCCCCAGCCACAUCAAUUGUGGCACGGAUGGACAACCAGGUUAUUGGUUACAAGGACUUGGCUGCCAUUCCCAAGGACAAAGCCAUUCUGGAGGUGGAGAGGCCAGACCUGAUGGUGUACGAGCCCCACUUUAACAUUUCCUCCCUGAGCAGAACGGCCCUCUGCAGAAGCCGUGAGAGGUCGAUGUCACCACACUCCAUCUCCCCACCGCCAUCUCCUGAGAUGGUCUGCAGGGAUCAGAAGGAGUGGCCAGAGCAGGACUCUCCCGGAGGCUCCAACAUGGGCUCCACCACACAGCUGCGGAAGAUCAGCACCUCAUCGCGGGCCGGCCUACAGCACUUUCACAGGCCAGAUAAUGGAACCAACAUUUAUAAAAAGCCUCCCAUUUAUAAACACGAUUCUACAUCAGAAAAUAACACCCCAGGGGACAACAUAAUCAAGUCCUCCAAAUUCCCAGCGGCGCAGCCUCCUGAUCCCAACGUGCCCUCCAAGAUUGAAACCGAGUACUGGCCUUGUCCACCCUCAUUGGCUACCAUGGAGAUCGAAUGGAGGAGGAAGGCAGAAGCGGAGGGCCGAGUGGAGGAAGACGAUGAAUUCGAAGACCUGACUGAGGAAGCCAGGCGGCUUCAAGAGCAGGAGCUUAACAAGAUCCAGUCCAACUUGGGCAAAUUGAUUCUGAAGGAGGAAAUGGAGAAAUCAGAGUUCCGCAGGAAAACACGCUCACUCCCAGAUAGGACACACAUGCACUUAGGAUCCUCCACUAGUACCUCAAAAUCCACCUCUUUACCAGCCUGCAGUCGAUCAGGCCUCACCAGGCUGCAGUCUGCAGACUUUCCAUCAUCAGACGGAGACCAGACAAGGCCAGGAGUACAGAAUGGAGAUACACAAAGAGGGAGAAUGGACAGAGGAAACUCACUGCCUAGUAUUCUGGAACAGAAGGUCUACCCAUAUGAGAUGCUCAUCGUGACCCAUAGAGGGCGCAGCAAGCUCCCACCAGGUGUUGACCGAACUAGACUGGAGAGACACCUCUCUCCAGAAGAGUUCCACGAGCUGUUUGGAAUGGCUAUCACAGAGUUUGAUCGCCUGUCAUUGUGGAAACGCAACGACCUGAAGAAGAGAGUGUCACUUUUCUAACGUUUGGUGACACACUCAGACUUUGGACCUUUGGAUGCACUUAUUUGGAUGCAAAUAAUGUCGAUCAACUAAAGAGUUCCAUUGAAAAAUGCAGGAAGAGACCUACAUUCACAUAUAUACCAAAUAGAGCCAUAUCAUAUCUGAAAGCUAUACGUCAAUACUUCCUUUCAAGCUACAGAAUCCACGCUGGUCCUAUCACCAAUCAAAGCUAACGCCUCCUGUGUGUUGUCCUGUUCUCAGUAAGGUCCACAGUAAGGGCUUUGUGUUAGUGAGCUAUUAAUUUGAACAUAGCAUGGUCUACAGUAUACACACCCAAGUGUCGUCUCAUGAUUCUGCAUAAAGUUAGUCAUAACUGUUUGCGUAGUUCCAAACUCUUAUGAUUAAGAGCACUGUAAAGAGCUCUUGAUGAAGAUAAUUGGCAUUACCGACCAGGCCUUGACUGAAACAUGAAGUCACAUUUAGCCACCUAUGGAAAAUAUUGAUUUGAGAGUCCUUUUAAUUGCCUUAGAUCACUACAUAUUUAUAGAGGCAAAUACUGAAUGCUUUUCAGAGCAAAUCUCAAAGUGCCCAUUAAAAUGUUAAAAUUAUAUACAGAUAUGCAAGACCAUCACCCCAAUUUUCUCAUGUCACUCUAGACGUCCACUCCAUAGUGUCAUAACCUGUGUUCUAUUUAUUGUGGUGUCUGAAACACUGUUGUAAAAUUAUGGAAAAAAAUAUUUAUUUGCUUUACUGUUAUUUUUACCUUGAAUAUAGCCUAUACACUGUCUGUUGAAACACUUUACACGUUACCUUGUAGUCUAACCACAGUUUGACAAAGUUUCAUUACAGUGAUUAAAAACUGUUUAAAUGAUUUAUUAGAUAAUUUAAAUAUACAGUGUAAUAGAAAGAAAAAUCAAUAUAAAGUAUGCAGAACUGUUCAUUUUCACAAUAGGACAUUGAAAACACAUUUUCAAAUUCUAUCCUCAAUGGAAAUCAGGAAAAGCUACUUCUCUGAAUGAUAAAACAAAAUGUCUGCUUAAAUAUGUCCCAAGCUCAUUGAAAGUUGUUGACAUAUGGAAUGUAGGACAAGAAUACAUUAGAACAACCUGUAGUUCUACCUUUUGAAACACCCUUGUAGUGUUACCAUAUAGUUUUCUAUCUAGUUCUUUGUUUAAUUUUUAGUAACAUUUAUGUUUAUUUCCCUCUGAAAAAUCCUUUUUAAAAAUCCAUCACAUUUCUUGCCUGCAUCCUUUACUGGGUACAGAAUAUGGAUGUAAUAAAUAUUGUUGACUGCCACCAAAUUCAUGUACUGUACAUCCAUGCUGCUGCAAUGUUGUUUUUCAUUUUAUGUAUAUGACACCUCACCAUGACAUGUGAUUAUGACUAGUUACAGCUCAUGUCAUUUGUUUUUAAUGUUAAUUCAGCAGCAUCAUUGAGUAAAGAUGAAUAAAGACGUUUCAGUGCACUGAC